AUGUUAACACAAAUCAUGGAUCAAUUCCAGCUUUCAUGUUCUGUGGUGUGCGGUCGAAUUGAAUUGAAGCUUGAAGUCAUUUUACCAUUGUCGACGAUGAGUUACGGUGGUUACGGAAACCGUGGCUAUGACUAUCACCAGAGAAGAGAGCGCAUUAAUGAGGAUGAGGUUCCCGAGUCGAAGCACACCAUAUUCAUUCGUGGUUUGCCUGGCGACAUGUCUACGGACGAGAUCAAGGAGUAUUUCGAGGAUCGCAUUGGACCAGUUUCGUUCGAUUUUGUUAAAACAAGUGCUGAUCAGCAGCGUCUGUUCGUUGCUGUUCGUUUCGAGACAAGAGAUGAUGCGAAAGAAGCAAUGAGCAAGUACAGCGAAAAUGAUUUGAUGGGUCACCGAUGUGAAUUAAGUUGGUUCAAGGACAUUCGCAGAUAUGCCCAGUAUCAGAAUCUUAAUCAAAGUAGUACAUUGGACAGGUUUUCAAACUAUAGUGAGCCUUGGUUAGCUGAUUUAAAAGACGAUAUUCUGAACGUGACGACGAUAAAAGUCGAUCUCGGUCGAGGGACAGAGGUCGUUCGUCUAGUUACAGUCGAUCGCCUAGUGCAAGUUGGACGUCAUGCUCCAGCUGGUUCACCUGUUUCGCCAAAUCAAGAAGAUUCGCCGACUACUCCAGCUGCUCCUGUUCCCGCAAACACAGAAGCGGAACCCGUGUCUUCUCCGGCUCCUUUGCCUCCAGCAAAUCCCACACCAAUUACUGUCCGUUUUCCGCUUCGCAGCCAAAAUCCUGCUAAUGUCAUUAGCAACACAACAUUCGCAAUUGGCAUUGAUUCGGAUGAGCUACCGCGUCGAGUGCUUCGUCGGAUGUCUCCAAAUGCCCCCAUGGUAACUCCUCCUUCUGUUGCCGCUCAAGAGGAGGAGAAAAUGCCACAAGAUAUGCCGUCGAAGGAUUCGCAACAGAACGUGGUCACAACAAUUGGCCUUCCACCUCCUCCUUGUCCGCCCUCAUUCGCAUCUGAGAAAAAGCAAACUUGGCAGUUUAUACCUUUAUUCGCUAGUUUUGAAGAACCAAUAUACUAUGCCAGUUUGACAUUAGUUUACUGUUUGUUUCGUUACUUUGAGUGUGAUGGCGCGCCUGCUAAGUCACACCCAUCUCGCUUUCCAACAUCUGCUCGAUUUUUCGCUUCAUUGAAAGAAAUACAGUCGUCGAUUAUAAAAACUGUGAAAGCUGAGCCGAAGUCAGAUGAAGCGUCGGGAGGUUUGCGUUUGAGUAAUCUUGCAAUGCGUCAGCAGGAUGCGGAUGAAGAAAAGCGUGCAGUCAGAGAAAGUCGGCUUUCCAAGUUGGAUGAAAUAUCUCUGGAAAGGUUUAUGGUGAAAAAGAAGAGACUAGAAGAGACUUUCCGUGGAGACUGCCAAACUUAUGCGUUCGUUGCCCGAAAGCUCAUUGAGAAAGAUCCAUCACUGGAGUCACAACUCCGUAUCGCGUUAAUUGAAAAUAUGGAGGAUCUCGAAAAGCAAGUGUAUGAACAGGUUGAUGCAUACCUUGACACUGUGUGUGACUAG